GGCCCCGCCCCCUCCGGGCCAGGGCUGUGCAGCUGGAGCUGUAGUGUCCGUGUCGCUAUGGACCCGGAUCUAGGACCCGAAAGGUCUCCAUCUGGGAACCUCCCAGCCCUCCAUCAAAGAGGACUAGAGGCCCUAAGUCUGCUCUUUGUAUAGAGGCAGGCUGUCCCUGUGUCUGGAGUGGACUCCAUUCUUAUCUCUUUCUGUUGAAGCCCUCCUUUGGCUUCAUGGCCCAUCUCAGGUGCUGCCUUCUCCAUGAAGCCUUUGCUGAAUCCCCACACCCACCAGGAUCGUAGAAAGCCAGGACACACCAUAGAAAGCCAGGACACACCUGAAUGUGACCACGACUCCCAGGGCCCCAAUUUCCCCGGACUGAGACCCCUUAUGAUUUUGUGACACCGUCUCCCUGCCACUGGCUUCCCCUUUACUCUUUCCCCAGUCCCCUACUCAGGAGGCUCCUGGGGGCUCUCUUGGGUCUGAGCUAUCCUUGGGUGCCCUAGGAAGAUGUGGGAGGGGCUUGGGCCCCUCCUUCUGUGCCUCCUUAUGGUUUCUUCUGCCCCUGGGCCCCCAUCACGGAGACCGGCCAGAGAGCUGGAUGCCACGCCAAGGACAACUAUCCCUUAUGAAGAGCUCUCCGAGGCCCGACACUUUGGGGGUCAUGCCCACAAUUAUUCUACACUGCUGCUGGAGGAGGCAUCAGGGAGGCUGCUUGUAGGGGCACGGGGGGCCUUGUUCUCUCUUAAUGCCCAAGACAUCGGAGAUGGAACCCACCGUGAGAUCCGAUGGGAAGCAUCCCCAGAGACUCAGAGUGAAUGUGUCCGGAAGGGAAGAAAUAACCAGACUGAGUGCUUCAACCAUGUCCGGUUCCUGCAGCGUCUGAAUGCGACGCAUCUCUAUGCUUGUGGGACUCAUGCCUUCCAGCCACUCUGUGCUGUCAUCGAUUCUGAAGCCUUCACUUUACCUCCUAGCUUUGAGGAGGGCAAGGAAAAGUGUCCCUAUGACCCAGCCAGGGGCUACACAGGGCUGAUCGUUGAUGGUGGCCUCUACACUGCCACAAGAUAUGAGUUCCGGAGCAUACCUGACAUUCGUCGCAGCCGUCACCCCCGAUCCCUACGAACUGAGGAGUCCCCCCUCCACUGGCUCAAUGAUGCAGAGUUUGUAUUUUCCGUCCUCAUCCGGGAAAGUGAGGCCAGCACUGUGGGAGAUGACGACAAAGUCUAUUAUUUCUUCACGGAGCGUGCCACAGAGGAAGGUAGUGGCUUCUCCCAGAGCCGGGGCCACCGGGUAGCCCGUGUAGCCCGCGUUUGCAAGGGUGACCUCGGUGGGAAGAAAAUCCUACAGAAGAAGUGGACAUCUUUUCUGAAGGCCCGACUGGCUUGUCACAUCCCCUUAUACGAGACCCUGCGUAGCGUCUGUAGCCUGGAUGGAGGUUCCUGGGCCCACACACGCUUCUAUGCAGCAUUUAGCCUGGCUGCUCAGUGGAGGACCCUAGAGGCCUCAGCCGUUUGUCGUUAUGACCUGUCUGAUGUUCAGGCAUCCUUCUCUGGCCCCUACAUGGAAUACCAGGAUGGUACACGUCGCUGGGGUCGCUAUGAUGGGGCUGUGCCAGAGCCCCGGCCAGGCUCGUGUAUCACAGAUGGCCUCCGAAGGCGGGGCUACAACUCCUCUCAGGACCUGCCCUCCCCUGUCCUGGACUUUGUGAAGUUGCACCCACUCAUGGCUCGGGGUGUGGGGCCAGCCCGGGGGCGGCCCCUCCUGCUGAAGCGGAACGUUCGAUAUACUCGGCUCGUGGGGACCCCUGUCACUGUGCCAGCUGGCCCGACUUACGAUGUGCUCUUCCUGGGGACAGCUGAUGGCUGGAUCCACAAAGCUGUGGUCUUAAGCCUUGGCAUGCACAUUAUUGAGGAAGCCCAGGUGUUCAUGGAGCCCCAGCCUGUGGAGAACCUGGUCAUCUCACUUGCCCAGCACAGCCUAUACGUGGGGGCCCCUAAUGGGCUUGUCCAGAUGCCACUGUCCCGCUGCUCCAGGUAUAGCUCCUGUUACGAUUGUAUCCUGGCCCGGGACCCCUACUGUGGCUGGGAUCCCGGCAUCCGGGCCUGCCAGGAAGCCACUGUGGUGGCCAACAGGACAGCUCUGAUACAGGACAUGGAAAGAGGCAAUCGUGGCUGUGAGGACAGCACGGAUGCAGAACCACAUCUGCCAGCCAGGAACCGAUCUGUGCUGAGGGGGGAUGAUGUGCUCCUACCCUGUGACCAGCCAUCCAAUCUGGCCCGGGCCUCCUGGCUCCUCAAUGGCAGUCGGAUGCUGAUGGAUGGGAGGGAUGGCUACCGUGUGGGUGUGGAUGGCUUACUGGUGAUGGACACCCGGCCGGAGCACAGCGGUCACUACAGCUGCUUCGCAGAGGAGAACGGGCUCCGUACCCUGCUGGCCUCCUACGGCCUCACGGUGCAGCGAGCCCUCCCCGCCCCCGCCCCAGUGGCCCCAGGCCCCCAGCCCCCAGCCCCCGGCGCCCGCCUCUCCGCAGACGUUCGGCUCCUCUACGUGUUGAUCAUCGCAGCCCUGGGCAGCCUCUGCCUCGUUCUGGCUUCCAUGCUUCUCUAUGUCGCCUGCCUUCGAGGCAGUGGCCACCGACGCAAGUAUUCACUGGCCAGGGGCACUGGCCGGGCAGGGGGCUCUGCUGUCCAACUGCAGACGGUCUCCGGUCAGUGCCCUGGGGAGGAGGAUGAAGGGGAAGAGGGGACAGAUGGGGCCAGAGGACCUGAGGGCGGUGGCCUCCGGAUAAUUCCCGGGGAGGGUACCCCAGCCCCUCCUCCUCCCCCACCCCCUCCGCCCCCUACCGAGCUCUCCAAUGGGCUGGCUGCGCUGCCCAGCCGUCUGAGGAGGAUGAACGGUAACAGUUAUGUGUUACUGCAGCAGAGCGAGGACCGAGCACCUACUCUCCCUUGCUCCUUCACGGAGGAGCUCAGCCGAAUUCUGGAGAAACGGAAGCACACACAGCUGGUGGAGAGGCUGGAUGAGAGCUCUGUCUAAGCCACCCUCCCCAUUUACCCUGGGCUCUAGCCUUGGCCUCCUGGCCUAGGCCCUUCCUCUCCCUCCCCCAGCCCCACCUGCCGUCCAGACCCUGACUCGUCCUCUCCAGCCUCCGUUCAAGCAGCUCCUUUAGCCGUUAGCCUUCUGGGCCUUAGCCCUGCCCUUCACCCCCUCCUAGAGGGGUCCAGGCCAUCCUUGCCCUGUACCACAUAGCAGAACAUCUUUCCAUGUCCCUCUUGAGACCACUCCAAAAUGAGUGAAUGGGCCAUUGGUCAGGGGUCUAGGCCCCCAGGCCUUCAGCCUUCCCUCAACCACCCUUUGCAGAACCUGUGACCUCAGAGUGAGCUACAGAGAGGUAGGUCUGCUUGUGGAGCACCAACCGCCCCCUAAUUCCUAAGAAACUGGGUGGGAGGUAGCUGGAAUUCUACGACUUCCUUCUUCCCCCAGGCUGGGCAGUUGGCAUGCAGACAGGGCCUCUUGCCCGGUGACCAUACUGUUUCAGAGAGCCCCUGUCUCUUUCCAGCACUGCAGCUGCAUGUUGGGCUGAGGGCAGAGGGCAGCUGCAGCAGAGUCUCCCAUGUUUGCUGUCUGCUUCCUACCUCCUGCCUCGGUGCUGAGUUCUAAUGGUGACUGGAGAAGUCUGAGACCCUGCUCCCCACAAUGUGCCCAACAGCCCCCUCUGUGCUGGAUAGAAGGUCUAGCAUUCCAACCACCUGAGCAGUGCGAGUGCAUGUUUGUGAGGGAGUGUGCCUGGUGUGCAUGGGUCUGCUUAGGUGAUGCACCCUCCCCUUUUCCCAUAGGUACUUGGAUUAUAUUACUUAUAGUUCAGGGGCACACACACCUUGCCCGAUUCCAUCCAGUUUUCCCCUUCCAACCUCGAUCCUCUGUGAUGACACCCCACGCCCACCCCCUCUCAGGACUUUUAUCUCCAAAUCUGGCACUGAGGAAGCGGCACACAGCUCUCAACUUGUCUUCUCCACGCACACCUCACAUAUCUGCUCAUACCUAGACAUGCUCAUAAACAAGGUUACACACGCACACUCUGAGCCCCCCAGGCCCUGCCAAGAAUGAGAUGGGGGCGGCACUGUCCCUCCCCUCAUUGCCUGGGGUUCCCAACCUGUUUCUGACAUGUUUGGUCCAUGGACAUUUCAUGGGAGUGACUCCCCCCAAGACCAUCUCCCUCCCACUCCCACUGGAACUAUGCAAAGGGUAGGUAGUAGGCAGGCUGGGAGAUGGGAUUCCUUGGUCCUGCCUCUGUCCUACUUCACUGUGGUGCUGUAGGGGUCCUCGGGUCAGUGAAGGUGUGAGACCCCAGGAUGAGGUGGGACAAUCAAAAACCCCUGACUGGGGUUGUUAAUCCUUUUGGACCAGGAUGAUGACUGUUAUCAUUGAUGCUGGGAGACAACCCAAGAGGACCAUGUUUUUACUGCCCUGCAAACAGCACCAUGAGCCCUUCCCUCACCCCAGCCGAAUGUAUUUAUUAUGAGAACCUUGGAAGGGCUCUAUUUUAUUACUAGCCCCCAGGGGGAGGAAAGAGUAGGGCAGAGGACAGAUAGCAGAAGCUCAGCUGGGGAGGGGGUGGGACAUGGGCUCAUCUCCCCACUUCUUUCCUGUUGGUCAGUAAAUAAUGUCCUCUAAA